AUGCUCAUCUCUUCUGUCUGGCUCCUCUUCAUCUGCUUUGUAACUGCGGUCUCAGCUGCGCCGCCUCAUCAGCUCACCUUUGCCUCUGACGAUGGAGCACCUCACCCCACGCUGGAAAGAGGAGUCGGACACUUUUCGGAAUGGUCCGCCUGCGUAAAGGAAUGGUUCCUGUCCGAUGUCAAGGCAGGACGCGCGAGCAAUUGGACCAUUGUACUGGGCAAUGAGGCUGGCGAUCUCGACAGCUUGGCCGCCGCAUUCAGCUACGCCUACCAUGUCGGCCACGUCAAUCCCAGCCGCCCCACAAUUGGCUUGCUGCAGACGCCCUUUGAUGCUCUGGACCUCAGACCAGAGAACCAGCUGACCCUGAACAACAUCAAGAUGACUACGGGCCACCAGGACCUGCUCACCAUUGAUGAGCUGCCGAUCCCUGCGGAAGAGCUGGCAUCCCAAGUCAGAGGAAUCGUGCUUGUCGAUCACCCUCUACCACUGCCGGCAUGGGAAGGUGCCACAGUGCUGAGUCUCUUCGAUCACCACGCGGACCGAGGUUCCUCACCCGAUGCACAUCCUCGAGUGUUUGAGCGGGUGGCCAGCUGCUCUACUCUUGUAGGGAGGCAGAUGCUCGAUGAGCUGGAAGCCCUACCCGCAGGCGAAUAUCACGUACCUCACGAACUUCUCGAACUGCUAUUGUCUGCCAUUGCGAUCGACAGCGGCGGGCUUCAGAGCAGAAUCACGACACCGACAGAUCACUUUGUCGCUUCUCGACUCUACAAGCGGUCUAAUUGGAGCAACGAAAGCUUCUAUGAUAAAAUGCUCGAAGUAGCGAAGACACUCAAGGCGGCAAAGAAGGACCUCGACCAUUUGAGCGUCCGCGAUCUCCUGCGAAGAGACUGGAAAGGCGGCAUUGUGCAGACGCGUAAAGGAUUACCAGAUGUACACUUGGGAUUCGCAUCCAUCCCCUACUCGCUCUCACGAUUGAUCCAGAUUACACCAGAGCAGUCCGUCAGUGACUUCUUUGCCAUCGAACGCAAUUGGACAAGUGAGAUUGAAGCUGAUAUUACAUUGGCUCUUCUUGGCUACAAGGUGAAGGUUGAAGGCGAACCACCGACUCUGAAUGACAGCGAGACAAGAAAAAGCGCAGACCAGAACUACCUGGAAGAAAAUGAAUUGAUGAUGUAUGAGCAAGAAAGUGGCGAGCAGUCCAGGGUAGUGGGAGACCACGAUAUGGAAGCGUCAGAAGAGAUGCGUCGCAAGGUGAAAGAGCGGCAGAUCGUACUCGUCGUCCGAGCAGAUCACCGCAUCAGCGAAGCUGAAGCUGACUCUCUCUUCAAGCACGUCUCGCGCGCCCUCGACGAAAGCGAGAUUCUUCUCGCGAAGCGCUGGGAGCACAGCAAGCAAUUGGGCCACCGGCAGAUGGUCUGGACUCAUCGUGUGGCCACUGGGGGUCGGAAACUGGUGCGGCCGAUUGUCGAGUCGGCCCUGACGACUUGGCAGCUGGAGAAGGACAUGCCUUCCCAGCGGCAAGGUCACCAGAGCCAUAUGCCAUGA